CGUCUUGAAAUCAAUCAUGGAUGCAGAGCAAAUUCGUGAAGGUGUUAAAUAUAUGCAGCAUGGAGAUAAAGCUGCUUCAAAAGGCCUUUUUAGAAAACCCGAUUGGGAUUUAGCAGCUAGCGAUUAUGAACGUGCUGCUACUUCCUUCAAAAUAGCAAAGUCAUAUGAUCAAGCUGUUCAAGCUUAUUUUAAAGCCUCGGACGCUCUUUCAAAAGCAGAUGCUAUUCAUUUAGCAGGAAAAGCGCUCGAAAAUGCAGCUUUUAUUUUAGCUUCAAAUCUUAAUCAACCUCAACGAGCUGCCGAAACUUACCAACGAGCAAGUAAUUAUUUUAUGACACAAGGAAGUAUCGAUCGUGCUGCCGAGCAAUUGGAAAAAGCAGGAAGAGCACUUGAAAAUGUGGAUGUGAAUGCUUCAUACGAAAUGUAUAGUAAAGCCUGUACUUUAUAUGAACAAGAAGAUAGAGGAAGAUUUGCAGUUGAUAUAUUCAAGAAAGCAACUUCAUUACUUAUUAGAAAUAAAAAAUAUGAUAAGGCAAUUGAAAUGUUAAAGCGACAGUCUGCUGUACUUCAAAAGUUUACAAGUCGAUCACAUUUAUUCAAAGCAAAUUUAAGUAUUAUUAUAUUAUAUUUUGCAAUUGGUGAUGAUGUUGAAGCUGGUAAACAGUUUAAUUCUAUGUGUGGAAAUGAUGCAGGAUUUGUACAGAGUGAAGAGGCAGCUAUUGCGAAUGAUUUGUUAAAGGCUUAUGAAGAAAGAGAUCAAGAGCUAUUAGAGAGAACAGUGAGAUUACAGCAUAUUACAUUUUUAGAUAAUGAAGUGGUUAAAUUAGCAAGACUAUUAACAGUUCCUGGAGAAGUAUUAUCAUCAGCAACGAAUUCAAACUAUGCUAAUAGUAAUAAAUCCUCUCCUUAUUAUCAUACAAAGCCAACAAUAGCAGCUAAUGAUCAUGUUCGAGGGAUGAGUCAUGCUCAAGCAAGAGCUGAAUUAUAUAGCAGUAAUAAUAAUAUUCCAUCUAAAGUAUCUGUUGAUGAUUUAAACAAAGGAUUUUCGAAUAUGAAUGUAUCAAAUGAAGAAGAAGAGGAAGGAUUAAGAUAAUGGAGUUUAAAUUAUACAGGUUCAAUUUAUUUGCAUGACAAUAAAUUACAAUUUAAUUACCGCUACUACCUAAUAAAUUUUUAUUAGCCAAUUAAAAUAAUACAUUCAUAUCUAAUAUUAUAUAUUCAUCUUUUUUUCUUUUUCUUUUU